AUGACGGCGAGUAAUAUUUUUGAAAAUUUUACAUUCUAUCUGGCACCGUCAACAGAAAAAAAUAAUGAAAAUAUAAAACAAUUGAUUACCGAUUUUGGCGGCAAAAUUGUAUCGACUUUGAACUCUCAAUGUACGCAUAUAGUUAGUAACACAUUAGACACUGAACAUGAGCGAACUGUAUCAGUCAUCAAUGAACAAUGGAUCUACGAUAAAACAAAAAUAACAAAUAAACGUAAAGAAAAUGAUAAUAGUGAUGAAUUGACCGGUAAAAAACAUAAAAAUGAAGUUGAAAAUACAAAUCCAGUUACUACUAAGGGUUCACGUCAUUAUGAUAUUAUUUAUUCUUGUCGUUAUGAAGAUGAUGCUAAUGUAUAUGCAAUUGAACGUAAUGGAAAUGAAAAAGCUUUAAAACAUUUACGUCUUGUAUUAGAUGGACAAGAGGAAAAUGGUGAUGAUGAAUCAAUUGCAAUUUUCCUAACAAAAGAAGAUGAAUCAUCAAUUGAAGAAUCACAAGUUGAACAGUGGUCGUUAAGUAAAGGAAAAGAAUUUCGUGAAACAUAUGUUAGUGAAGAUGAUGAGGGUACAAUUAAUUUUCACGUAUUAGAAGGUAAAAUUCCAGAAAACCAUGGAAAAAUAUUUACUGGUGGUAAUGAGGAAGAAGAGGAAGAGGAAUAUGAUGAAAAUGAUUCAAGUUAUCUUGUUAUUGAUCAGUUAGUUGAACUUGUUCAGCCAUGGGAGUAG